GGAAGGGGUAGGGGCUAUGCUCUGAAUGAAAAAAGGCUCGAACGGCGAGGAAAGCUAUUGGAAAUUUGUACAAAGAUGUGAAGGAGGAAGGAACGGCAGGAAUGACGCCGUCACAGAAGAAGGUAGUCGCUGCCCGAAAGGCGCAAAAGACGUCGUCCGUAAUAGCCCGAAAGCUUCGAAUAUUGGCGGACAAGUCGUCCGCUCACUUCGAUACGACGUCAAAGAUCGAUGUGACCAACAGACAACCCAACAAAAAGCAAGUGCGCUCGGAUCGGGUCACCAAUAAAAAAGUUGAGAGCGAGAAAAAAAAAUUACAACAGCUCGAGCGGAGGAGAAUCAAGAUGGAAGAGGCCAAAAAAAGGAACGAAGAUAAAAAAAAAGAACGACCGGAUGAGAACAAAAAAAAGUUUAGCGGUAGCAAAGAUGCGGACAAGAAAAGCGAGAGCUUGCAGUGCAAGCGAGACGAAAGAAAAGCCAAUCAAGUUGGUGAGGAGAAGGAGGAGGAGGAGGAGGAGGAGCCCCCUAACGAAACGAGCAACGAAAGUAGCGAUAUUAACAACAAAAAGGCUCCAAAGACAGAGGAAAAUAACAUAUUGAUCGAAAGGCAAGCUACUACUGAAAGUAAGAAAAAAAAUGACCCAAAACAAGAAAUCGGUAUUGAGGGAGGAAAGGGUGCUGCGCGGUUGGUGGUGAUGGUGGAAGAGGAGGAGAAGGAGAAGAAACAAUUGCAGAAGGAAGAGGAAGAGACUUUCGACGGAGAAGAAAAAGAAGAAGAAGAAGAAGAAGACGAAGAAGACGAAGUAGAAGAAGAAGAAGAAGAAGAAGAAGAAGACGAAGAACAAGAGGAUGAGUUGGAAAAAGAGGAAAAGGCUGAGCCUGGAAAGAAGAAGAGGAAAGAAGUUAAAAGCACGAGAGCCGAGUGUAAAGAAAAUUCAAAGAAUUCGACGACCAAAGAGAAAAACGUAGUAAGCAGAGAAACGAGCGGCGGUGGAGCAAAGAAACAAGUGAGCGAAUCAAGCUCGAAGAAGGAUUCAAAGAAGAAACAACAGCGGAACAAGUCGAUUAAGAGAGGUGUACUCUCUAAAAAUUGUCAUUCGUCGUUGUUGGCGAGAAAAAUGAUGGAAAAGAAAUUGAAGCUAGUCAAGUUGGUAACGGGAUCGGAUGAGAAGAAUGAGGCGGAAUAUCGGGAGAGCGAGGAAGAAAAAUUUACCGGUAUGAUAAACAACAGCGUAACUGAAUCCGAAUUAAACAAGAAAAUUUGCGCUCAAAAUUGCAGAUUCCGAGCGGUGGCGAGGACGGCGAGUCUGCAGAUCAAACCGAAAUUGACUAAACGAAUGAAGGCCAAAUUAUCUACGAAAAACGUCAAGCUGAACGGUGUACCGAAAAGCGAAAUAAAAAUAAAGAAGAUGGUGGCCAAGAGAAAAAUUAAAGAAUCAGCGAUCGAGUGUACGAACGAGAAAGGAACCGAGGGUGAGAAUCGUGAGAGCCGCCGCUCAAUCACCGACGAUAUCGUGCCGAUAAAAUGUGAAUUUGGCCAAGAUAAGGAAGAGAAUUUCAAGAUUGAGAAAGAGGACCGAGGAAUGAAAAACUCGGAUAGAAAGAAAACAAUGAUGAGCCCGUCGCGAACGAAAAUGAUAAAAAAAUGCGUCCAAAAAGUUAGCAAAUUAGCAACGAUGAAACGUCAACGGUGCGAAGAGGGUGAUCCGUUGUCAACAAAAUCGAAUGAUGUAAGUCAGGAUGAAGUUGUGAAACUCACGAGAGGAUUGAGCGAUAUCGAUUCGGUCGAUUGCAACAAAAUUCCGCCCGGGCUUGCUGCAGGUAAAGAAGAUGGCUCGAUAAAAAAGGAUCCCACGGUCGAGAUGGCCAACAAUAUCGUUGUAGAAUCCGUCAUCGAUGACGAGGGUGUAGAAGCGGAAGACGAGGGCGAUGGGGGCGAUGGGGCCGAGGAGGACGAGGAAAACGAGACGAAGAAGAAAAAGAAGAAAAAGAAGAAGAAGAAGAAGAAUAAUAAUAAUAAUAAUAAUAAGAAUAAGAAGAAUAAUAAUAAUAAGAAGAAGAAGAAGAAGAAGAAGACUGAUGGUGAUGACGAUGAUGAAAACGGCGACGGCGAAGACGACGACGAUGACGUCGACGUCGACGUCGACGUUGACGACGACGACGACGAUGACGACGGUGAAGAGAUGACCGAUGAUCGGUGUAAUCGUGGAGGUGAAGCAAGUCCAACCUCAGCUUCUGAUUCCGAAGACAAUUACGUUCUUGAGAGAAGCGGCGGGAGAGGUCGCCGUAAAAAUGGAAAAAGUUCGGAUGUUCGAACCGAUAAAGAAGAACCGGAUGGUUCCUCGUUGGAAGAGAGAGCGAGAAGAAUGAGACUGUUUGGUUUUUGGAGCGGUCCGAAGCGACACAGAGUCGCGUCAUUGAACGCUUUAGCAAAGGUACAUUGUCUGUACGAGAACGAAGCCGGUGGGGUUUAUCUUGGUGGUUUUUGCAAGCCAAGGCCGGAUAAUCAAAGACCGAAAAGAGGGGUCAUCGCGGCGAGAAAAGAUGAAUCGAAGGAGCAAGUACAAAAAGUCAAACAAGAGAAAGAUCAGCAGCCAAAAAGAACAAUCGAUCGCAACAAAAUUUCCAACAACGGUAACAAGAGAAAUUUACGGAACGUUCCGGGUUUGCGUGGAAAACAUUGGGACAUGAUCGAAUCGUCGUCGUCGUCGUCGUCGUCGUCGUCGUCGUCGUCGUCGUCAUCGUCAUCCUCUUCCUCCUCCUCCUCCUCCUCCUCCUCGUCAUCGUCUUUCGAUAACUCGGACAACGAAGGAGCUAAGCGACGGGACAAAAGCGUUAAACGUUCGAAAAAAAAGAAGGCGACGACGACGACGACGACGACGACGACGACGACGACAACGAGAAGAAAAAAAGUUGAACAAGUGAUGGAUCUCAAAGAUAUGGUUGUUUGCAAGAGAAUGGCGAGUCUGAACGCGAGUGCUAUACUCGCCGCCUCGUACUCGGAUGAGAAAAAUCGUAUCGGUUCGUCUUCGCCGAGCGAUACUUCCAGUGAAUCCGAGGUCGAAAUUGUUAAAAGGCGAAAACAGAUCGAUCACGGAGAUACGGAAAACAAACGAAAGUCCGUCAAUCGUAAUUCCGAUACGAAGGAGGAACUCGUUAAGCCGUCCAACAAAGUCGUAAUCGUCAACCAGGACACGGAUGUUACCAUUACCGGUGUAUACGUCAACCAAACUCGAUCGACCCAUCACGAGGGUUUUUGCAGCAUUGCGGGAAUGCAGUACAGAAUCAGUUCGACGAGUCAUACGCAAACGGCCGCGACCGCUGUAGCUACCGAACUCCACGAACAGCAACAAAAGCCAGAACAGCCGUGCAAAUCUUACACACCACUGGGAGCUCUCUCUUCGAUGCAACCCCCCGGAAGUCAAACUCAUCAUUCGAACGUGUCACCUCGAAGACACUCGGCAUUCUCGGCUCCCCAUCAGCAGCACGUGGAUUUCGCACGCGAGGACAAACCCGGAAUGAUAAUAAUUGCGGGAUACUAUCAGCCGGCUGGUCCGCUGAUUCAGCAUCCUCCGAUGUUGCCUCCGGUGAAGGCUCCACCGCCGGAACCAACCCCGACGCCGCCUCAUAAUUCCGAGGGCUCGGACGAUCUUGUCAGCGCCUCGAACACUCCAGGAGGUACCAAUAGCACGGGUGGGGGAGCGAGUUACUACCGAGCUUAUUGCCCGCAAUACUACGGUACGCCACCGCAAUAUCAAGAAUUGUGUUAUCCACCGGGCUAUCCUCAUCCACAUUCGCAUCCGCCACCUUACUACAAAUAUGCCCCAGCUUAUAGGAGGCAGUAUUACGGAUAUCCGGGAGGAGACGCCGGCGGUGGAACGGGAGGAGGAGCAGCAGGUCCUGGAGCCGGAGUCGUGGAGUAUCAAUCACCACCGCAACCCGGUGAAUAUCCGGCGAUGCUCCCAUAUUACGGUGCUUAUCCACCUCCACCGCCACCGCUACCUCCACCACCGAAUCCAGCGUAUUUACACGCUCAAGGACGAACUUUGGUAGAUCGUGAGUAUUUUCAUGGAGCUUUUCAAGGUUGUCCAUGCCCGAUGCAAUCGUGUCCAAAAAACGUGGAUACUGGGCCCCUUAUUGGUAAUGGUAAGGGGGCGCCAGUGGCAUCGGGUCCCGGUCUGUCAUUGCCACCCAGUGCUUUGGUAGGGCCGCCCUCGCCGGCGAGAGGUCUAGCCGGGCUAGCGCCUCCACACGGUGCCAAUGCCUGGGACACGGAUCGCGUCCAAAUCAACCUCGAAUCUCAGGGUCAGCAGCAGCAGCAGCAGCAGCAGCAGCAACCCCCGCAACAUCAACAACAACAACAACAACAACAACAACAACAACAACAACAACAACAACUACAACAAAUGAGACCGGCGGUUGCCGUUGCAACAGUCGCCGCUGUCGGCUCGUCCGUCCACGGUAUUCCACCCGAUGUUCAUGGUCGAGCGCGCAAUUCCGAGUGUCGGACAAAGAAAGAAGAGACUUACACGGAGGAUAAAUUGGGCAAGUGCAAUUGUCAGAAACACGCGUGUACGUCAACGUGCGAGGUCAAACUCGAGGCGCUAUCCCCAACGGAGACGUUGUCCUCAUCUUCCUCGUCGUUGUCGUCUACAUCGUCGUCGUCCUCGUCGUCAACGUCCUCUACCUUGGCUCGCCAGAAUGAUAAAGCUACGCUACCUGAUUUAAAGCUCGAAAACAAUAAUGUCAAAUGCGAAUCGUGUAGCGCCGGCGGCGGUAUCGAUGCGGCAGCUCAAGGAAAUUUAUCGUGCUCGGCAAAUUGUAACGUCAAGUGCGAAACCGGUUAUAAAUGCGAGAUAUUAAAGUGCGAGCAAUGCAUCAAAGAGGGAGAGAUGACGAUGAUGGAGCUCGAGAAAGAUUCGGCUAUUACGUUGAUGGAUGAGAAAAGGCUCGCUGUCGAUUCGAGCGUAAAAAAAGAACAGCUCAACGACGUAAUUAUCGUCAACACGCCCAAUUGGCAGAAGCCGGAUUACGAGCCAAUUGCUCAGGAGCUUCCAAACGAUAAAAUUGUAAUGGCAAUGCUGUCGCCUCUCGAUAACGUCAAUCAUUUUUUCCACGAUAACGAAUCGUCUUCUCUCAUCUCGCCAAAGUGCCAGAAACUUACUAAAAGAAAAUUGUCUCUCGAUAGUCUGUCGGAUAUUACAAAAAAGCGAAAACUCGACAAGAGGACGCUUUCGGCCGGCUCGACGACGGGUUUAAUCACUGCCGCGAUCGCUGACUCAACGGAAAAUGAAUGUCUCUCGCCCCGGCUUGGUGGAACUCGGUCUAGGCAAAAGGACAAGCGCAACAGUGGUGGAAAUGGCAUGGACGAUACAUCCGCUGUCGUUAUGGGAGUUUUCAAAAAAUCAGUUGGGAAAAAUAGUCAAAAGCGAAAGAACGACGAGGUUGAUACGAGCGAUGGUAAUGGUGGUGGUGGUGGUGGUGAUGGUGGUGGUGGUGGUGGUGGUGGUGGUGGUGGUGGUGGUGGUGGUGGUGGUGGCGGUCGUGGAGGCGGUGGCGGUUGCGGCGGUGGCGGUGGCGGUGGCGGUUCUUGUAUCAACGAGUGCAAGAUUGGACCAAAGAGAGCUAAGAUAACGAAAGCCCCAAUAAUCAACAACGGUAUCGUAAAUCAUGGCUGCAAGUUGACCGCGACUGAAAUUUCAAUCAACGAGACGAUCGAUGAUGUUAUUCAGCAAGGUUUGAAAAUGUCGCACAAAAAAAAAAUUGUUCCGGCGGCAAAUGUGAUCGAACGCAAGGGAGCACAACAGCAGCAGCAGCAACAACAACGGCACCAGCAUCACCACCAGGGUGAAGCUGAAAAAAAGAAGAAAGAAGCAAAUUUGAUGUCGGCGAUAAAAAAAGUAUCGAGAAAAAUGAGUGUCGUUAAAACGGCGGUAGCUGCUGAAAAAUUAAAUUCCACCAAGAGCAACUUGAUUGAAAACAAACCUGGAGCGAUGAACAAGAAUCAGGAAAGCAGAUGUAAGAGCAAUAGUAGAUCGAAAACGAUGGAAACGAGAGAGAGAAGCGGAAUAGAUGCCAAGCUCAAAGUGCCGGAGAGCCAAAAGACGAAGGAGGUGGUAAUGGUCGCCGACGGCUUCGAUUUGAUGAUUGAAAAAAAUCGCGCUAUCGAUAUUUCCGAUAGCGCCAAGAGAGGGGCCUUAGUUAAGAAAAAACGAAAAAGUACAAAAACUUGGUGCGCGAAGAAAGUUACCGGGAAUGUCGCUGGUAAACAGGAGACAGGUGAGAUUAUCACGUCGGAUAAUGGUAAUUUGGCAAAAAGGUCCUUUCUCAAGCCUAAGUGGAGCAACGGAUGGAGCUGGGAGGGAGAUUCGUACGAGGCCAAAGUUUACCUGACGAACGAAAAGUCGGCUAUACGUCGCUGUUACGCCAGUAUGAGACACGUAAGCGGUGACGUGCUGAGGCCGCGGGAUUGCGUCCUUCUAAAGAGCGGACAGAGGAAAGCCGAUUUACCCUUUGUCGCAAAAAUCGCGGCGCUGUGGGAAAAUCCGGACGACGGUGAAAUGAUGUUCUCACUCCUAUGGUACUACAGGCCAGAACACACGGAACACGGUCGUACCGACUACGACACGGAGGACGAGGUGUUUGCAUCUCGUCAUCGCGAUGCCAACAGUGUCGCUUGCAUAGAAGACAAAUGUUAUAUUCUAACGUUCAACGAAUACUGUCGGUAUCGGAAAAAUCUGCGUAGAAUCGAAGAGGGUUUGGAGAGCCCUGGUCUAAUAGUACCGCCGGGCGAACAAGCCUAUUCCCGAGAGUCAAGACAACCACCAAUACCCGUACCCGCGGAUAUGGUACUCUUCUGCCGCCGGGUGUACGAUUAUCGCGGAAAAAAACUCGUCAAGAAUCCCGGAUGACUCGAUACCUUGCAAAUCGUUUGAGAAAUAGAAACCAAUGGAAUGCACAAGAUAUGCGAAACGGACACUAAAGCUGAUCGCACGGGUCUUAUCCUUUUAACCAUUUUUCCUCUGGUCAUAUGAGUCAAAAGUAAAAACAAAAAAUAAUGAGGAAUGCAAGAAGAGGAGAAGCGCUGAAACGGAUCGGCGCGUAAAGAUACGGAUCGUUUAUCGGUUGUAUCCGUUCGAACGAUUGUUUAUCAAGAGACUCGUUGAGAUCUCGGGACAAGUAAACAGUUCUCUGCGACAAUAUCGAUGCUUGAAAUACCAAAAAGAAACCCAACUUCAAUACUCACCUUUAUCUGUCAAUGCUGCAUCUCCCUCUGCCCCAUAUCUACCAUCUUCCUUAAUCGAUUCAUAAUUAUUUCAUUCUACAAUCAUCAUCAAGCCUCGAAAUUGUCGCUCUCUUCUCAAUGUAUGAAAAGCUGUGUCUCGAUGAAGAAUUGCAUUUAAAAAGACACAAAUCAAAGGAAAUAAGAUUAUUCGCGUCGGUGGAACGACGGAAAACUACGAUUUAAAGCGCGUAUUCGAAGACACGUAUCGCAUUCGCGAGAAACUAUUAUGCAAAUUAUACAAAUCCCGUGAAGAGAAAGAAUGAGAACGAAAAUGAUGAAAAUUCAGCGGAGCGAACAUAUUUAUGAGAGAACGGUUGAGAUUCGUCGUCACUUUUCUCUUUUCUCUUUUUUAUACUUGUUUUCAUUGAAAAACAUGAGAUUUUACUUCUUUUUCUGCUAAACACAACUUAUGAAACUAGUUGUAAAAUUUUCAAGGCAGUAGCGCAUUUUCGUGACAAUUCGAGGACUCAAUCACCGUCAAUAUUAUCCGCCGAACCCUUCCAUUUCGAUAGAGCAGGCGAAUCCAGUUUUUUUUUUAAUCGUCUUUUUUUGUUUCUUUCGACCGAAACUUCCAAGACCCAAACGAAUAGUAAAACACUUGAGAAGAAAAUGCUAUUAUUAUGCUAAAAAUCUUUUAAUGAUUUUGGGUUUGUUUGGGUGAUUAUCAUUUUCGAAUGCAAAUUUGUUUUAUACACGUAUUAUUACGAUUCAUUGAUCAUCGAGGCAGGGAAAUUGAUUGGGAGAGGAGAAUGAAUCUUCGUAAGUGUACCGAGUACAUAUAAUCAUGAAAAAGAAACAAGAAGCAAACGAGUCGAUGAAAAAUGCAGUUUGAACGGUGAAAAAGAAUGUCUCCCUGUUGCUUUUAAUGACUAAUCUAAACUUGUUAGAUGGCGUGUGUUUUGUUAGAAAUCAUAUUAUUUAAAAUUAAUAUAUUGCGGAUUAUUAAUAUUAUUACUAUUAUUAUUAUUUCCAUUAUCUCAUCGUCAUCGUUAUCAUCAUACGGUAUUUAAUAUAUUCAAUUAGAUUAAAAAUUAAUCAUUUUUCGGCGGUGAACUGUCGAUGCAUUAUCGAUAAGCGCGUUCGAAAUACUUGGAGAGCCAGAGAAUUAAGAUUCGUAAACUAAUCAUGGUGGAACGUCUAACGCGUUAAAAACAGACAUAAAAAAAUACAUAAACGUCAGACAUAGAAGAGUCGCCCAUAAUUUCUACUUUUCCCACAAAAUACCAAAACUCGCAAAAAUACCAUUCUCGCAAACUCCCCAUUCUCCUCAAUAUACUCGCAGUAUAUUAUUGUUACUAUUAUCAUUAUCGUCAUCCUCAUCAUCUUCUUUUUCAUUAUUAUUAUUAUUAGUACUAUAACCAUACCAUCAUUACUAUCAUAAGGAGAACUGGAAAACUCUCGGCGAUUAAUUUAUUAAUUUAUUCCUACUAAAUAAUUAUGCGGAUCUGGAAACGAGUAAUGUAAUCGUAUAGGAAUUAUAUACCGUUGAAUCGAAACGCUCUUUUACUGAUGUUGUGAACGAGAGAAAGAGAGAGAGCAAGUGAGUGAGUUUAACAUGUGAAAAAAAUAGUUAGUUUCCCAUAUUGUAUGAAUAAGAAACUGGACGAAAAAUUCAUUCCAUUGCAUUAUUUUCGAUCUGAUCGUUGUGUUUUAAAAAAUCUAGUAGAAAAAAAUUUUGGGAACGGGUAAUAGAAAAAAAAGAGCACGAACGGGAGAAAGUCGAGGUAUAAAAAAUUUCGUUGUUCGUAGUAAAAAAAAUAGGGAUUUCGUACGCUUCCAUUGAGCUAAUCGCUUCCGAAUCAUAACGAGUACGUGUCUGCAUGAAUGCGCGUAUGCGCGUACAAGGGUUAAAAGAACAAAGCCAAAUUGGGAUGCUAGCUUUUUUUUCAACUUUUUAUAACGAGUCAAACGAUUUGUCAAGAGAGUAUAAUGAAAUACUACAAUCGGGGGAGAGAGAAGGAGUGCGCUAAAGGACGAUCGCGUACAUUGAUUAUCGUCUCAGGUGUCCAUUUCAUUGGACGUAGAGAAAAAAUAUUAAUAAACAGCGAAAAGAAAACAAGAAUAGAACAAUGCAAAAAAAAAUCAUGGUUAAUAUGGGAACAUUUUGCACAAAAACGCAUAUCUUACGUUCGUUAUUUUGUGACCAGCUAGGAAAGAAAAUAAGCAUUGAGACGAGGAAACUUCUAAUCUCGCGCGAGUCCUCUCGUUGCUAACAUUUUUUUCAUUUAACAUUCAUUUCGUGGGAUCGUAUCGCACGAUCGAUUUUUCAAUGUGUGCACAAUAUUUGUUGAAUCAGUUCCACCGUCAAACAUAAUUGAGCGAUCAUUAUUUAAAUUUGAUACGAAUGACUAAUGAAUCGCUGAGUAUUAGUAUAAAUUGGUGGUGCAACUGUAACGACAGCAACGAGAGGAUUCGUUAUAAGCCUGUUAAUAGAAAAAAAAAAAAAAUCCUAUACGAGCAUUGAUGAUUGGAACCGCGUGAUGGUAUACCAAAAUCGGCAGUCGCGCGCGUUCAAUGUGAAAUAAGAAUAUAAAAAAAUAAAAACAAAAAAAAAAAGAAAGAAUGCAUGACGUUCAAGUGGUAUCGUCACUUUUAAUUUAAAAAAAAAAAAAAGUGAUGGAUGAACCUCGACGAAUAAAUCAUUGAUAUGAGAUUUAUCGGCGAUUUCCGUUGCGCGUCAGGUACGAUUUGCUGUUAUGAGUUGUUUUCACCGCUCAUUAAUUCUGCAUAGAGAGGGAGGCCUGGAGAAGUGGUGGAGAAAACGAGAGAAACCGCAGCAACAAAACGAAUGGUAACGCGACUCGCCCCGUCGAAAGCGUUCAGCAGAGGCAAGCAAAUAGGGGAAAAAAAAAAAACUUACAAUAGAACAAAGAAAAGAGUUAUUUCUACAUCGGAACUAUAAUAAAAAAGGUUUAAAUACAAAUAUAGAUUAUAUAUUUAGCUAAUUAGAAUAAACCGCAGUACGCAUGCAGACUUAUAUAUAUAUAUAUAUAUUAAUCGAUGAUCAAGUUAAUGACAAUUGAUUAUCAUUAUAUACAGAAGCGUAUGAUGUGUAACUCGUGUUCCUCAAGCUGAGAAUACGAUGGAAAACAGUACAUGGCAUAGAGGAGGGAGGAGGAGGAGGUUACCGGCGGCGAUGGCGGCGAUGAAAGAGAAAAACCACACGCAUAAUAGAUUAUCCUAGGCAUGUACGAGUAUUACGGUGGGAUUUAACGUGAGCUUGAUACGGUGAAUACAAAAAUCGUAUGUAUACGUAUGAUGAGUUACAGGCUGCAGCUGAUGGUCGAUAUUUUAUUACAUAAGAGGUUCGCGGGCAAACGAAUGUGUUCGCAAAUCAAAUGUCCGAUCGAGCCAAUUCCUGACGAUAGUAACGAGUAUCAAAUGAAACGAUGAAAAACACACAAAUAAAAGAUUUAUUGAGUGAUGGUAA